AUGUCGUCUUCCAAGGCGGCCCUGAAGGCCAUCGCUGAUGCCGUCAAGCAGCAGAAGUACGACGAUGCCCUCCAACAGGCUCGGGAUUUUACACAGAGAGAGCCUAGAAACUACCAAGCUCUCGUUCUGCUGGCCCUCGCCCUGGAUAAGACCAACAGGUUGGAUGAGGCAGAGACAACGUACGACGCGGCUACAAGGCUGAAGCCCAACGAUGCUCAGGCGUGGCAGGGUCUCGUCAAGCUCUAUGAAAAGCAGGGCCCAAAGAAACUGUCUGCCUUCCAGACGGCCACUGUCCACCUGGCUGAAAUCUUCCAGGCCUCUGAGCAAACCUACAAGUGCCACAAGACUGUCGACGAUUUCAUUGACUUUGCUCGUGCUCAUGGGACAGUUCAACAGCAGGUCGCCGCCAUGGGCCUCAACCUCCCCGACAGCCCUAUCUACUCGGCAGUCGAGGGCCGCACCCGUCCUGCCGAGACGUACGAGACCAUUGCCAAGCUCCUCGAGGCAGAUGAGAAGAAGCAGAUUAACACUCUGAUCGGCGAGCGGAGGACCAGGCUGGGCGCAAAGGUCAGCGAAGUCACCAUCGAGGUCAAGCGGGAGGUUCUCGGCCGCAGCCGCCUGGGCCACAUUUAUCGCGAACUCGUCAAUUGGUCCAACGAUGAUGAAGUUCGUCGCCAUUAUGAGGAGAAGCUGCUGCAACACUGCCAUGACCGCCUCCUCGCUUUCCCCCAUGGCCAAGAGAAGGCCCAGGAGCUGCAGGUUGUCCUCAAGCUGGCCAAUGACAUGGUCAUCAUCAAACAUCAAUACAGACUCGCCUGGGAGAUAAGUAUCGACUGGAAGGACGCCAAAGAGACAGGAGCUUGGGACCACGCCGUUCUUCGUGACUACUGCACCUUUUUCCCGGACAGCGACCUGUGCAGAGUCGUAACGGGCUACCUCAGCAGCGAUAUCUCGCCAUUCCCCAAGCUUGAGCCGCAGUCUGAAACUCCCGACGGUGGUGGACAUUCCGGUGAUGAGAGCGAGGACGACGACGAUGGUGGCGCGCCCACAACCAUCAUCCCAUUGACUGACGAGGACCGUUUGCUUAUGAUGUCGGAAGCGAUUUUGACAACUAAAUCCCUCUUCGCCCACCGUUUGGUGGCCGAAUACUAUGAAUCACUGCAGGAGCACGAGAGCAAUGUUGAGCUGACGCGCAAAGCUCUGCGUCUGCUAAGAGACGAACGAGAAAAGAUAGGCAUGGCGUUUCAGGACACCAGUGACAUGUUCAACUUACACCUCGCUACGGCGCUGGUCUUCUACCAAUCCCCACGCCAUCACGAAGAAGCCAAGGCAUUAUUCGAUGACGUCUUAAGCCGAGAUCCUGUUUCAACACCCGCCCUGAUCGGAGUGGGCUUAAUCUUUGAGGAGGAGGAAGAAUACAGCGAAGCCGUUGACUUCCUGGACCGAGCCCUGCAGAGGGAUCCCGAAAACCUCCGUGUCAAAUCCGAGGCAGCCUGGGUGAAGGCCCUCAAGGGCGACUACUCGACCAGCGCAGCAGAGCUUGAGAAGUGCAUACCUUUGAUUGCAGCCAAGGGUGACGCUGCUCAUGAUCUCUUGGCGCAGACGUUACACCGACUGGGUAGCUGCAUAUGGGCAUUGGACCCCUCAAAGGCUGCCAGAAAAAAUCGCGGACCUGGCAGCGCUUACUCGUGUUUCCUGAGCUCCCUGAAGAGUAAUCUGAAUUUCGCGCCGGCGUACACUAGUCUGGGGGUGUACUAUGCCGACUAUGCCAAGGACAAGAAGAGGGCCAGAAAGUGCUUUCAGAAGGCAGUCGAGCUGUCACCAUCCGAGAUCGUCUCGGCAGAGAGACUCGCACGCUCUUUCGCAGAUGAGGCUGAUUGGGAUCGAGUCGAACUUGUUGCUCGGCGGAUUGUCGACUCGGGCAAUGUCAAGCCGCCUCCGGGCUCCAAACGAAAGGGGAUCAGCUGGCCUUUUGCCGCCCUUGGUGUCGCAGAACUACACAAGCAAGAUUUUCACAGAGCAAUUGUAUCCUUUCAAGCCGCUCUGCGAAUAUCUCCCGACGGUUAUCAUUCCUGGGUGGGCCUUGGGGAAAGCUAUUACAGCUCCGGCCGCUACGUUUCGGCCACCAAGGCCAUCCAGAAUGCACGGAGGUUAGAGGAAACGUCGAAUGACACCAGUUCUGCGGAGACUUGGUUCACCAAGUUCAUGCUUGCUAAUAUCAAGCGCCAACUUGGUGAUUUUGACGAGUCUAUCGAGCUGUAUCGGCAUGUUAUGCUGCACAGGCCGAGUGAAGAGGGCGUGGCCAUCGCCCUGAUGCAGACACUUACUGACAACGCGGCGGACUGUCUUGGAAAGGGCCUCUUUGGAAAAUCUGUUGUAAUGGCAAAGAGUGCCCUGGAAUUCGCCACUAAGGCUCCGGAGGGCAUCAAGGAUACAUUCAACUUCUGGAAGACCGUGGCAGACUCUUGCUCGAUCUUUACCGGUAUCCAGGGACAUGUUCAAGAACUCCCCAUUGAGGUCAUCCGGAGCCUGCUCGGGGAUGAUGAUGACAGUCCGGAACUCGAGGCCUUGAAAGACGUUGACGGGGUCGGAAUCAGUGUCGUCUUCGCCAAAGGCAUUUUCCCCGACGAUGAGAAACUUGGCGUCGACCUCACCCGUGCCCUCCACGCUACGAUCCUUGCCCACAAGCGUGCCAUCCACGCUUCAGCCCACGAUACACAUGCACAGAGCGUAGCAUACUACAAUCUCGGCUGGGCAGAGCAACGCGCGCACGUCAACCUCCCUGAAGAUUUCAAGAGGAGGUCUAGUCGAUACUUGAAAGCCGCCAUCAAAUGCUUCAAACGGGCCAUAGAGUUGGAAGCUGGCAACCCGGAGUUCUGGAACGCACUCGGUGUGGUGACAAGCCAGGUCAAUGCGGCUGUUUCGCAACAUGCCUUUGUCCGCAGCUUGUACUUGAAUGAGCGAAACGUUCAGGCAUGGACAAAUCUGGGUACUCUUGGGCUUCUGCAAAACGACCUGGAGCUAGCGAACGAGGCAUUCACAAGAGCACAAUCCACCGAUCCCGACUACGCCCAUGCAUGGCUCGGCCAAGGCAUCGUUGCCUUGAUCUAUGGCGAUGUUAAGGAGGCGCGCAGUCUAUUUGCUCAUGCCAUGGAAAUCGCCGAGGCCUCGUCCAUUUCAAGGCAGCAGUUCUCUACAUCAGUAUUUGACCAGACCUUGACGACUACGGCGGAUACUACUAUGACAUCUCUCAUCCAGUCCAUCUUUGCACUCGGCCAGCUUCGGGGGCUGCGGCCACAGAAUCAUGCUCUGGGGCAUUUGCGCGCCUUGCUGCAAGAGCGAACCCAUGAGCAUCGGUUGUCGGCAAAUGUCCUAGAAGAGAUGUGCUCGGUACUAGAAGCAGACUACGAGGUGACCGAGUCUGCACAGUCCCUCAAGAGAUUUGCACUCGCAAAAACAGAUCUCGCCAGGGCUUAUCUCGCUAUUGGGUCCUACGACCAGGCUGUUGACUGCUGCGAGACGGCGCUGCAGCUCAGCAGUGACGAGUCGGACAACGAGCUGACUGCAGAAGAGCGAAAGAAGGCGAGGCUGUCUGCACACCUGACAGUAGGCCUCGCCCAUUACCACCAAAACAACCUAACCGAGGCCGUCUCAUACUUUGAUUCUGCCCUGCAGGAAUCGGAUAACAAUCCUGACGCCGUUUGUCUGCUUGCCCAGGUACUGUGGGCAACGGGGUCCGAGUCUGCCCAGGAGAAGGCCCGCAGCUCGCUGUUCGAUGUCAUCGGCGACAGACCCGACCAUGUGCAGUCAGUCGUCCUGCUGGGCAUCGUGGCAAUUCUAGAUGACGACGAAGAGAGUCUUGAUGCGGUACGCAUUGAGUUGGAGAGACUCCGAACAAGCGACAACACGACGUCGGCGGAACAGUUUGACAUAGGAGAGGUUCUACAGGCGGCUGCAGCCGUGGCGGACGCGGGCACGGGACAGGGACUGCUGGCCCAAGCGCAGACGGACGUUCUUCUCUACCCUCAGCUGCCACACGGCUGGUCGAGUCUCGGGGACCUGGCAGGCAAUGGUGAGGUGUUCCCAAGAGAGAUGGCGGUCCGGGUGGCGUCACAGGGCAUUCCGCCCAAAGGCGAGCUUGGCGCAGAGGAUCUGGCCAAGACGUACGGCUCGACUGGAAAAGCCCUCAACUCGCAGGUCUCGAUUGUGCUGGCGCCGUGGAUGAAGGAGGGGUGGCAAGAUCUUGUCGGUGUCUUGCGCAAGCAGUAA